GACUGAUAGUAGUAUAUAUAAAAUGUAUUUGUCGUUGCCAUUCUCAUGCCAGUAGAUGCGAAUCAAAAACCAGAUUAAAUCCAAUCAGUCAAAUAACAGUAGAAUGGUCGCUUGCAAGCACAUCGAGCUUACGGAUGCCGAGCUUGCAUCACGCACACGUAGAAGGUCAACGUCGGGAGUUAUCAAUGGCGAGAAACCCGACCAGCCUCACGAUCGUCAUCAAGUACUGCGCUUUGUGAACUGUAAAGUUUUUAAGGACAACAAACUGGUCGAAACCGAUCUAUGGGUACAAAACGGUAAAAUUAUCGAUCCCUUCUACCGAUUCUACAAUGCUAAAAGUGCGGCUGACUUCGAUGCUGACGUUGUGAUCGAUGGGCAUGGUGCUAUCCUAUCACCUGGAUUCAUCGAAAUCCAAAUCAACGGAGCCUUUGGCGUUGAUUUCAGUAAUUACGACUGCGAGUUAGAAGAUAUCCAGUCUGUAGGUCGCAAUCUAAUGCAGUAUGGCGUGACUAGUUUUUGCCCUACGUUGGUGACUUCGCCCCAAAAGAAAUAUCAUGAAACUCUGCCAAAAUUCGUCAGAUACGCGGGUUCACCUGAGAAAGGUGCCACCAACUUGGGUCUUCACUUAGAAGGGCCGUUCAUGAGCAUGGAGAAGAAGGGUGCUCACGACCCAAAGCAGAUCGAGGCCCCAGUCAAUGGGUUUGAUUCACUGUUGGAAAGAUAUGGCCCGGCACUCACAGAGAAUGUAUCGUACGUGACAAUUGCCCCAGAGCGUGAGGGAGCUAUUGACGCGAUUAAGGGUCUGAAGGAGCACGGUGUGCUUGUUUCACUUGGUCAUUCAAGUGCAAAUAUGGAAGAGUCAAUUGCUGGUCUUGAGGCCGGAGGUACUCUAGUUACGCACAUGUUCAACGCUAUGGCGUCGUUCCACCACAGAGAUCCAGGACUAGUGGGUGUUCUAGGGAAGGAAGGAUACAGACCAUACUAUGGAAUCAUCGCCGAUGGUAUCCAUUCGCACCCUAAUUCCAUCCGAAUUGCAUAUCAGACCUUCCCCGAGGGACUAUGUCUAGUCACCGAUGCAAUGGCCGCUGCUGGCUUGCCAGAAGGUAGACACCAGCUGGGCGAUCUCCCCGUCGAUGUAGAAGGUAUCCGUGCUGUAAUAGCGGGCACUAACACACUCGCCGGUUCUGCUGUUGAUCACGUCACGUGCAUCAAAAACUUCAAGGACUUUACUGGAUGCAGCAUUGCAGAGGUGCUGCGAUGUGCAACCUCGAACCCAGCAGCGAGUGUUAACGUACAAGAUCGCAAGGGUCGGUUGGAGCCAGGAAUGGAUGCUGACCUGGUCCUAUUGUCAGAGAAACUGUCCGUACAGGCCACAUUCAUCGAUGGUGAGCUCUGUUAUGUACGUGAUGGCUACACUAUCGACGCAUCGACCGAGAUGUAAAUGCAUCCAACAUUACCCAACUUUAAAAGUGUCACCAUACGAAAUUAAUGAAAACAAAAUUUGCUAAACUUACAACAAUUACAUC